AUGGAACGCUUCACCGACUCUGGAACUCAAACGGAUGCGGUGGUGGUGCUGUCCCUGGCCCAGGCCGCUGUCUUGGGCUUGGUGUCCGAGAACGAGUUCUUCGGCGCAACCAUCAGCCCCGGAGGCUUCUUUCCAGGGCUAGGAAAUGAACUUGCAGACACGGCCACGGUAGAACCAGAGGAUCCGGAAGGCGCUUACAGGCUGCAGAAGGACGGCUGCGUCCCAGCCGAGGUGCCGGAGGAGGAGGGGCUGGAGGCAGAGACUCCAUUUGAAAAACAUACCCGGAGGAGGAAGCGGCCCCCGGUGAGGCUGGUGCCCAAGGUCAAGUAUGAAAACCCUGCGGAGGAGGAGGUGGCGUAUGAAGUGUCCGUCCCUGGCGACAGCAAGGAGGAGACGCCAAGCAGCCACCCGCCCAGCCUUGAGGAGUCGGGCUGUGAGAAGACCGUGCAGAGCAGUGCCAUGAAGAUGAUUGACCUGAGUGCUUUUGGCAGGAAGCCCCGGCGCUUGCGGCAUCUGCGCAGACACGUGCGGCAGGACGUGGGCCUGGGGAGUGAUGACCCCGUCCAGGUUGGUUACGCUGAGGCCAGCGUGGGCGGGGCUCCGGCAAGCACCGGGCCAGAGGCCCUCGGAAGCGAGUGCAGCUUCGAGGCGAACGCUGCGUCUCUGGAGGCGCCCAUGCCAGAGUCACGAGAGCGGGGGAAGAGCGAGCAGGGCUUUGCGUGGCAGGAGCCAGCGGAUUUUGACGCAGACGCAGCUGGAGUGAACACGGAGCGCAAUAAAAAGGCCCAGCUGGACCGGCUGGACAUCAACGUGCAGAUCGACGACUCCUACCUGGUGGAGGCGGGGGACCGCCAGAAGCGCUGGCAGUGCCGCAUGUGCGAGAAAUCCUACACCUCCAAGUACAACCUGGUGACGCACAUCCUGGGCCAUAACGGCAUCAAGCCCCACUCCUGCCCGCACUGCAGCAAGCUCUUCAAGCAGCCCAGCCACCUACAGACGCACCUCCUGACGCACCAGGGCACGCGGCCGCACAAGUGCCACGUGUGCAGCAAAGCCUUCACGCAGACCAGCCACCUGAAGCGGCACAUGCUGCUGCACACCGACAUCAAGCCGUACAGCUGCCACUUCUGCGGGCGGGGCUUCGCCUACCCCAGCGAGCUGAAGGCCCACGAGGUGAAGCAUGAGAACGGGCGCUGCCACGUGUGCGUGGAAUGUGGGCUGGACUUCUCCACGCUGACGCAGCUCAAGCGCCACCUCUCCACGCACCAGGGGCCCACGCUCUACCAGUGCCUGGAGUGCAGCAAAUCCUUCCACUACCGCAGCCAGCUGCAGAACCACAUGCUGAAGCACCAGAACGUCCGGCCCUUCGUCUGCACCGAGUGCGGCAUGGAAUUUAGCCAGAUCCACCACCUCAAGCAGCACUCGCUCACGCACAAGGGUGUGAAAGAAUUCAAGUGUGAGGUGUGUGGACGUGAGUUCACCCUGCAGGCCAACAUGAAGCGGCACAUGCUCAUACACACCAGCGUCCGUCCGUACCAGUGUCACAUCUGCUUCAAGACCUUCGUGCAGAAGCAGACCCUCAAGACCCAUAUGAUCGUGCAUUCGCCGGUGAAGCCAUUCAAAUGCAAGGUUUGUGGGAAGUCCUUCAACCGCAUGUACAACCUGCUGGGACACAUGCACCUGCAUGCAGGGAGCAAACCCUUCAAAUGCCCGUACUGCUCCAGCAAGUUCAACCUGAAAGGCAACCUGAGCCGGCACAUGAAGGUCAAACACGGGGUCAUGGACAUCAGCCUGGACAGCCAAGAUCCCAUGAUGGAACUGACCGGGGCAGAGCACACGGAGCUGGACGCCCAGCAGGAAAUGGAGGAGUACGACGAGGAGAACGCCUAUGACUACGCAGGGGUGGGCAACCCCCCGGACGAGAACGCCCUGACGGAGCAGGCCAUGAAGGAAAUGGCCUAUUACAACAUGUUGUAG